GCUCGGGUCGCAUUGCGGAGGUUGUGCCUGGAAGCCUGAACUCCGGGUAGCAGACGCGCGGCUGUGGUCCUACCGGGCCGCCGUAGCUGUGAUGGCGCCGCUGCUGGGAGCCGCGCUGGCUCUUCUACUCGUCUGUUUGUUGUUCACUAGCCGACUGUAUCGUGUCGUGAGGGCUGCUUCGAGCUGCGGCCCGGGAGCCGGGGGCCCGGGAGCCGGGGGCCCGGGAGCCGGGGGGCCGGUCGCUGUCCUCGUCGUCGCAGGGUCAGGUGGUCACACCACAGAGAUCCUGCGCCUGGUGCACAGCCUGUCUGCAGCCUACACCCCUCGGCACUAUGUGAUUGCUGACAGCGACCGGAUGAGCGAGGAGAAGAUCUGCGCCUUGGAGAGGUCCAAGCGGGCCCCUGACGGCGAGCCCCAGUUCACCAUCUGUCGGAUCCCACGGAGUCGGGAGGUGCAUCAGUCCUGGAGCUCGUCCCUCAUCAGCUCUCUGCGCGCGCUGCGCUACUCUCUUCCUCUGGUCUUCAGACUCCGACCCGACGUGAUUGCUCAGAAAUAUGACCCACAAAGAGAGGAGGAGCUACGCUUCUGGAUCGAGGAGGUCACUGGAAUGUCUAUUGGAGAGAACUUCCAAAAGGGCUUGAAGGAUGGCGUCGUCCUCUGCGAACUGAUCAACAAGCUGCAAACUGGUUCCGUGAGGAAAAUCAACCUUUCCCAGUUAAACUGGCACAAGCUGGAAAACCUUGGUAAUUUUAUCAAAGCUAUCCUGGCCUACGGCCUGAAGCCCAAUGACAUCUUUGAGGCCAACGACCUGUUUGAAAACGGGAACAUGACUCAAGUUCAGACCACGCUGCUCGCACUGGCCAGCAUGGCCAAGACCAAAGGUAUGGACACAAAGAUUGAUAUCGGGGUGAAAUACGCAGACAAACAAGCUCGACAUUUUGACCAUGAGAAGAUCAAGGCCGGUCAGUGUGUCAUUGGACUGCAGAUGGGGACAAACAAGUGUGCAAGUCAGGCUGGAAUGACUGCCUAUGGAACCAGAAGACAUCUGUAUGAUCCAAAGACUCAGACUGACAAACCCUACGACCAGACCACCAUCAGCCUGCAGAUGGGGACCAACAAAGGCGCCAGCCAGGCGGGCAUGUCAGCCCCCGGUACCCGCAGAGACAUCUAUGACCAGAAGGUGGCGCAGCAGCCACUGGACAACUCCACCAUCUCCCUCCAAAUGGGCACCAACAAGGUGGCGUCGCAGAGGGGCAUGAGUGUGUACGGUCUGGGUCGACAGGUCUACGACCCCAAGUACUGCGCCCCCCCGACCGAGCCGGUCAUCCACGCCAACGGCAGCCAGGGCACCGGCACUGGCACCAACGGCUCGGAGAUCAGCGACAGUGACUAUCAGGCUGAGUUCCAGGAGGACGAGUACCCUGGACCUUACCAUGACGACUACAGCUCCCAAUAUAGCGAUCAGCGCAUUGACUAUUAGUGGAGAGCUCCGGCUCCCAAUCAGUAUUAUCCAGUGUCUUUUAUUACCGACACCACAGAGCCGCACUAGUUCCUCCUGAAGCCUACCAGCGCUCUCCUUCUUUACCUACACUCUGAAUAGAAUAAUGAAGUGCAGUGAUGGAAAUGUUUUAAUUUAAUCCCCACUAUGUUUCCAUGAUGGAACACUUACGUAGUGCUAACUUUUUGGCGCGAUGGUGCAGCAUCAGGUGAAGCUGCUGCAUUCCAGGGUUUUAUUCCUGGACUGAUGGUCCAUAUGAUAUUAAUUCAGCAAUAGGCUGCUGCUCUGUGUGGUUUCUGCAUCCUCACACGGUUAUCCUGCCACUUUGUGCUACUGGUGUUUUUACUACAUUUAAUUAGUAGACGUGUUUUAUGAUGAGCAUGGUGGCUGCUCAGAAAGUGGUCGACCAAACCCAAUCUGACUAUAUCGAUGAACUUCCUUGUUCCAUUAUACCAGAUACAUUUUCAUAACAUUCCACUUGUAUUCCUAAACUGUAUUUAUAAAACAGUCCACUGUCAAAUGGUAAGAAAAUGCUAUGUUAUGAAUAAAUUCAGAUUUUCUUCAAUUCUAGAAGGCUGUCAAAACACUA